ACAAGGAAUCUCCAGAUACCACUUCUCCUUGAACCUUCCACCCCCACCCCCUAAGAAAAAAAAGAAAAUUGAUUUUGAUGUAUGUUGUGGUUUUGUAUUAUAUAUAUAGCAGACAAUGUAUUAAGCUUGAAGACAAGUUCCUCAUUAGUAGUUCCCUCAAUUAUUUCCACACCAAAAGCCAAAGAUGGUUCUGUGGAGCCAAUUGGUCAUUAAAUCAGUGCUUUUAGUUUGUAGCAUUAUUUCUCUCUUCUUACAUACUGGCAGAGCAGAGCUUAUAGUACAAAAUUUGAGUGGCCAUAGUUGGGAAAACAAAGGGGUUGUAAGCAAUAGCAAGUGCAACUUGUUUCAAGGUAGAUGGGCAAUUGACCCUUCUUUUCCUCUUUAUGAUUCCUCAACUUGCCCUUUCAUUGACCCUGAAUUUGAUUGCCUCAAAUAUGGUCGCCCUGAUAAGCAAUACCUCAAAUAUGCUUGGAAACCUGAUUCUUGUAACUUGCCCAGGUUUAAUGGGAAGGAUUUCUUGCAGAGAUGGUCAGGGAAAAAAAUAAUGUUUAUUGGUGACUCGUUGAGUUUGAACAUGUGGAAUUCUCUAGCCUGUAUGCUUCAUGCGUCGGUGCCUAAUGCCAAGAUUACAAUUUCUAGGAAGGAGACACUUUCUUCUGUCACUUUUCAGGAUUAUGGAGUUACUUUAUUCCUUUAUCGAACAACUUACCUUGUGGAUAUAGUAAGAGAGAAGAUUGGAAGGGUAUUGAAAUUGGAUGCCAUUCAACAAGGUGAUGCUUGGAAAGGAAUGGAUAUGUUAAUUUUCAAUUCUUGGCAUUGGUGGACUCACAAGGGCAACUCUCAACCAUGGGAUUAUGUGCAAGAUGGUAUGAAAGUAUCGAAAGAUAUGGACCGUUUAAUGGCAUUUUACAAAGGUCUAACUACUUGGGCAAGAUGGGUUGAUGGAAAUGUUGACUCCUCUAAGACCAAAGUCUUCUUCCAGGGCAUUUCUCCAACUCAUUAUAUGGGUCAGGAAUGGGGGGCAUCAACAAAGAAUUGCAACUCAGAGCAAAUACCAUUAGCAGGAUCGACAUAUCCAGCAGGGACACCAGCAUCAGCUAUUGUAGUAAACAAAGUACUAAAUAGGAUGAAGACACCAGUUCAUCUCCUCGAUAUCACGUUUCUAUCCCAGUUAAGGAAAGAUGCUCAUCCAUCAAUGUACAGCGGUGAUCACCCUGGUGUAGAUUGCAGCCACUGGUGUCUCCCUGGACUACCUGAUACAUGGAACCAGCUUCUUUAUGCAUCACUAAUUAUACCUUCAGCUCAAAACAGCCAGCAAUCAAGUGAACAUAGCAAUCAUUGGCGCAGUACUCCUGGACUUCUUAACAAUUGGAGCCAGCUUGUUUAUGCAGCAGCAGUUCUUCUCUGAGGAUGAAGACUUCAGAUUAGUUUUAACUGCUCAUAGUUUGAUACAAGGACAUACAAUAGCUUUUAGAUGUAAUAAGUAAG